AUGGAAGAAGCAAAAGAGAUAUUGGCAAAGCCCUACAAAGAUGCCAUCGUGAUCAAAGCUCUUGGAAAAAAUUUUAGCUAUACAGUGAUCACGCACAAACUUAAAGGUGUCUGGAGAAUCAAAGGAGGAUAUGAGGUACUAGAUGUCGGUUUUGGCUAUUUCUUAGUCAAAUUUAAUCUCUUGGAGGAUCGAGAAAAAGUUAUCCUUAGAAGACCGUGGAUGAUUAUUGGCAGUUAUGUUGCGGUUAAACUUUGGAGUUCUUCAUUCAGACCUUGUGAAAACACAUUUGGGUCUACCAUGGUUUGGAUAAGGAUCACAAGUUUAAACAUUAACUACUAUCAAGAAAAAGUCAUGAAAAUGAUUGCGUCAGCGGUUAGAAAACCGAUCCGCAUCGACUUAGCCACAAAGUCUGCAGAGAGGGGAAAGUAUGCAAGAGUAUGUGUGCAAAUCAACUUGAGACUUCCAGUCAUAAAGAGAAUUCAAGUUGAUGGUCAUAUGUAUGACAUAGAAUUUGAGCACUUGAAUUUAAUUUGUGAAAAAUGUAGCUACUUUGGGCACGUAACAAGAGAAUGUGCGAAAGAGAACAACAAUGGCAUUGAGAAGGAAAGCACGGUGAAGGAGAAAAAUUUGCCGUCACAAUUUUCGGUGGAUAACAACGGAAAAACGGCGGAAGGUAGUCAAAUCCCAGUAAAAAAUCAAAAUUCAACUUUUGAAUUUGGAUUUAAUGCCAAAUCAAUUCCAAUUAUGGAGAAGCAUGGAGCAGCGGAUCUUGUACAUGAUAAUUUGCAAGAAGCAUGA